CCACCGAGUGUUGCUUGCUUUCACACUGAGACAGACGACAAAACUUCGGGCCAGCCAGGCUCUAAUGGGGCUGAAGAGGUUUGUUUAGCUGGGGCACACAGCCCUGAGAACAAUAAUGUUCUGCAGAGUAAGCAGGAUGAGUCCCGGGAAGAGGCUUUUCCUAGAGAAGCCACAUUAGAAACUGGGUACAAACCGGAGAGUCAAGGCAAGCCUGGGAGCUACGGCGAGUCAGAAGAAAGCACAAAAACAUCCAAAACAAUGCUUGAACAUCAGGGCUUCAAUGAAUUGGCAGGGCCUGUGGGUUGCAUUGCUGUUCAAGCUGAGGAGGACCCACAAGUUUCGGAAACCGAAGAGCAGAGCGGGCACCUCAGCGACGUGCCUCGCAGCGAUGCCGCGUGCAGCACUGCUGGGGACGGCAAAGAGCACGAGGCUGCUGUUCACCAGGAGAAGCACCACGCUGCGGUGGGGAGCUUUGUGGAGGACAAGGAUUUGGCACUGAAAACAGAGCACAAGUCUGGUAUGCUGGUGCAAGAUCAGCAGGAGCAAGGGGCUGCAGAAAGCCGUGGAAACGCAGCGGUGGCUCGUGCUGGAGUUGGUAGGGCAGAGCUCAUCCCUCAGCCAGCACAGGAGGAAGCAGUGGGUGAUGGCAUCAGUGGGGACAAGUGCAGCUCUUCGGUGACUCCAGAGUGCAGUGCUGGAGAUCUGCAGGAGAACGCAGAUGUUCCAGCUGCUCUUCCCCACGUGGAGCAGAUGGAGAAGUCGGUGAGUGCUGGUGACAGAGAACGGGCUUCGAAUGCAGGACACACACAGCAGACACACCGAAGCAGUCCGACAGGUGUCGCACGAGAAGAUGAUCAGGAACACACAGGAAGACCUCUAAAACCUGAGCUGGAGCUAAAGCAUCACAGCGACGUACCACAAACGCCUCUAAACAUUUCUGACAACCUUAAUAAAGAAUCUGCAGUGCCACGUCCAGCACCAGCCCAGUGUGACUCUGGCACAGCAGCAGAAGAGGAUGAGGAUGGAAGUAGUGCCGGGCUGCCAGAGGAGGGGUGCGGCCGUGAACACCUGCAAAACGUUUCUGGUGUGACCGUGCUUAAUUUGCAAGAUUGCGAGGAGCAAAACAAAACCAAUCUCGAGGCAGAAGAAAACUGCUGCAGUAAGCAAAACUCAGACAAGCUCAAGCAGGGUAAUAAUUCUUUGAUCUCGGCUAGUCAGCGUGAAGAAGCAUGUCAGAGUGAUACGUUUUCUAAAGAACCUGACAAGAAGGAGCAGCCAGUCAGCAUAUGCAGGAUAAAAGACAGCGCUGCUGAAAGCCGUGCUUCUGCUGUAAACGCUCUUCCAGGGACGCAGAAUUCAGCAAGUGCCACUAACAUAGCGCAGACUUUGCCAAGUGCUCCUGAAAUAGCACAUGCUUCUGAUAAUUUUGAGAAAAAUGAUCCUCAAAUAUUUAGCCCCGAAACUCAAGAGAAACUGUCGCUGAUGGCAAAAAGCUCAGGAGAAACCGAGGGUCUGGCUGCCGAUGGGGGACCCAUCCAGACAGACGGAAACGCGCAGAUAAGUUGUGAGGACAGUGCUGCUGUCGACGAAACAAGCAAUGUGAAAAGCGAUAAGAGUCCAGGGGCAAAAGGAUGUGGUUCGCUGUUACAGGCUCACGGGGAAGCAGUUCCCGCUGAUAAGCCUUAUAAACCCAGCUGCAUUCAAAAGACACCAGAGGAGCCUGGGUUUUGUCAAGCAAAUUUUACAGCCCCCCCUCCGCUGACCUCUGCAGUCAAUCACCCCAGCCAGCAAGCUGGGAGCAGGGCGAACAAGGGCACCGGGGGGGAAUUACUAAAUAAUGAGCUGGGAGCCGUAGCAUGCCAGAGCGCCUUAGAAAGCAACUCCAAUUUGCAGAUGGCUGCGGGUUCUCAGGUGUCUGUGCAUUUCGGUCCUUCACCUGGGGUAAGCACAGGUAAAAGAGCCAAGGCAGAACACAGCUCUGCAGGGGGCAGGCAUGUCAGCGACAAAGAUGUUCCAAGCCAAAGUUUUCAGGGAGAAGGAGAGAGAAGUGUAACCCUGCCAGAGGCUUUAAAUGUGGGGCAGAGUUCGGGAAACUUGUCGCAGUUUAAUUCGGAGAAGCUGAAGAAAGAGCUAUCUGCAAUUAAAUGCAAAGAAACAAAAGGUGAUGUAAACUUCAAAGCCCAGCAGAGUGACAGUUCAGCAGAGGCUCUGUUCGCUCUCCCUGCUGCAGAAGGGAAGCUGCUGAGCCUUUCAUCUGUUGGUAAACAAGGCGGCUGUAAUGAGGAAAUCGCAACCGGUAUCUGCGUAGUUGACAAGUACGGUGUGAUCUUAGAGAAACCUGGGAACUUAGAAAAAAUGGAAGAGGUAUUAAAAGAGAAUAACAGCACAACCAGGGCAGAGAGCAGUAUUUCCAGGCAGUCUGCGGAGAAGGAGCAUGAGGUUCUGACUCCCAGCUCUCUGGGCAUCGGCUCCAGCCUCCCGGACUUCAGGGAGCACAUCAGCCAGAUAUUUAAGAAAACAGUCCACAGCACGCUGAGCGCUGAAUUACCCCAACUUGCGCCUGAAAACCAUGCAGGCUUCAAGCAGAGCACGGUGGCCGAGGGUACGGCGCAGCUGUGCGGUGCUGAGAACUUUUCAGGAUCGGUCGAGGGGGGCAAAGCAGCUCCUGAGGGUACCUGGGAAGCAGAGGGGCCAGAGCUGCCUUUAGCUGCUGAGGCUUCCUGCACUGCUCCUGCACCUCUGCAGCAAGAAAAUGCAGUGCCACCAGCGAGUCUCUGGGACGCUGAGAAAAGCAGGCAGCCUGCUGGCUGCUUAGAAAUGGUCCCGAGGUCGGAGGGCUCUGCACCUGCUGAACGCUCUCUGGAAAAUCUGCAGAAGCCAAACGGAAACACUGAGCACCCCGAGAGCAGCGAGAUGGAAAGAAAGGCAGGCGUGUGUGCUAGGGGUGUUGAUCCUGAAUCGCUAAUAAGCUUGGAGAGAACGAAGCAAGAACCGGCUUCAUCUGACGGGGCAGCAGCUGAGAACUUCCCUGCGUAUUCUGACAGGGAGCCACAAGCCAGCGGAGCUGGGAUCUCUACAGGCGGCGUGCAGGAGGGUGACUUAGAUGAUGCUGCUACCGCAGAGGAAAAUAACUUAAUUACAGAGGGUAAUGCAGAGCCGGUUUCAUCUGAAGAGGAUGUAAGUUGUCAGCCUGAACACUGCCAGGAUCCUGAGCCAAAUGAAGAGGGGAAAAAUGAGUACAGUGGUCCAGACACUGCCAAGAGCAUCUCUGAUGUGGCAGCUUCAGCGCUUGUUCCGGGAGGAUCUUACAGUUGUGAAAAACUGCCAGACAACUUUAAUGUGUUACCUGGGGAAAACGAGGAGACACGCGUUCAUGGCAGUCUUAUGCAUGACAUUAGGUGUCAGAAUGACACAGAGAUGAUACAGGAUGAGCCAGGAAAUAGGAAAUGCCUGGAAACAUCAGAAAGUACACAAGAUCCACAGCAAGAAAAGAAAGGGACCAUGCAUGGGUUAAUGGAUUACUUAAAAAAUGAAGCCAGCCAGAAUGGUUGCUUGCAAACUGACUCUCAGCUAGAAUCUGGCACUAUGACUGAGGGCGAUGUAAGAGAAAAUAGUGGUGCAGUUCUAAGCACAGCAAAGACGGGUAGCGAAAAAACUGAAGACAUCCCUGAAACAGGUACUGCGAGGAUGUUAGUCACCGGCGAGGGUGGCUUAGCUUUAAACACAAGGACUGGAGAGCUGCAGACAGAGCUGUGCAAAAAUCCCUCUGCACCUAUCGCCGGGAUGGAGCAGGGCGAGCGUUCUGAGCGUGCAGACCUCUCUGGUGCUGCAAAUCAGCUGGGCAAGAUGAACUCAGAACAUGAAGGCUCACCUCAGGAAGCCACAAGAAAGCUAUCCCCGCUUGCAUUUAUGGAGCCUACGACACUUGACCUCUGCAAACUUCCAGACGUGGCUGUGUCAGGAUUGCCUUCUGAAAGCCCUCCUGGGCCAGGUGAUGAUAUACAGUUGGCUGCUGCCCUUGAUCCUUCUGAGCAACCGCUGCCUGUUCCUGCGGCUUACGGAAAUGUUGAGCCCGGGGAUGCUGCUGAGCUGACUGCAGCAAGCACUUCCAAGCCUGAUAGCUGCGGCGAAGCUGAUAAGCUCGUUCCUGGGGAUGUACCUCUGACUGCAGCCCCUGGUGAGGGUGUAGAGCUGCCUCCUCAAGAAAGUGAAGGCUUCACGGAGGAAAUAAAGAGGAGCUCUGACUCAGAAGAAGCAUUUGAGACCCCGGAGUCCACCACACCGGUCAAGGCCCCGCCAUCACCACCCCAGCCACCCCCCGAAGCGGCGGCAGCGGUUGUAGCAGACCUAGCAGAGCAAGAAAUAAAGCCCCAGCUGUCCUUGGAAGACACAGGAUUAUCUUCCGAAACUCUCCCUGUAGCUGAUGUGUCCCACAGUGAAUCCGUUGAAGAAAGCCCUUUCCGUCCCCCUUCCCAUUCUUUUUCCACCGUCUUUGAUGAGGACAAGCCGAUAGCCAGCAGCGGAACGUACAACUUGGACUUUGAUAACAUUGAGUUGGUUGAUUCUCUCCAUGCCUUAGGACCGAGCUCUCCGGAAUCGAAGAAUCGUGACCCCAAAGCGAAUGUUCGAAGAAAAUCGACCGAUUCAGUGCCAAUUUCCAAAUCGACGUUAUCUCGGUCUCUUAGCUUGCAAGCUAGUGAUUUUGAUGGAGCGUCUUAUCUUGGCAAUAACGAGACGCUAGCGCCAGCAGCAGAUGCAUAUGGUACUGGUUCAAGUAGUGCUUCCAGUACCCUUAAGCGAACAAAGAAAUCCAGGCCAGCUUCCGUAAAAAAGAAGCCGUCAGCAAAAAAAUCUCUCGAUGCUCCGCCGGUGAAGGAAACGCCACAAGAGCCGUCUGACCUUGGCCAAGCAGCUUCUGCCCCAGGUGAGGAUAAACCAACGUCUGAAGCAAAGGCUGACUCAGUAAAACCUGAAUGUACUGAACCUUCUAAAAUCUCUGCUGAGAAACAGGAGGCCCCGGCUGUGCCUGAGGGAUCCUACCCUUUGGAUCCAGACACUUUUGAAGGGAUUAGUGCGUUUAGCACUGGAGGCAGCAAAGUACAAAACUCUCCCCCUGCCAGUAAGAAAACGCUACCUCUUACAACGGCACCUGAGGCUGUGGAGGUGACUCCGCCUGACACCGGAGGACAAGAGGACCCUCCGGUCAAAGGUGUUGCGGUGAGGCUGGAGUUUGAUUAUUCUGAAGAAAAAGGGAUCGGUGAAGACCCGCAGGAGAGCACUCCUCCUAAAAAAGCAGGUAAAAAGCCUGGUGCUAAAAUGCCACUACGGAGGCCAAAGACUAAAAAGUCAGUGGAAAAGCUUGAUAAUGUUCCCACCACACCAACCAAGACACCCACUGAUCCAAAUGAGAUCCCUAUCACAAAAGGAUCUUACACUUUUGAUAUUGACAAGUGGGACGAUCCCAAUUUUAACCCAUUCUCAUCUAGUACAAAAAUGCAAGAAUCUCCCAAACUGCCUCAGCAAACGUACAGUUUCGAGCCAGACGUGUGCGAGGACUCUAUUGACCCUUUCAAGUCUUCUUCUAAGAUCGCCAGCUCGCCCACCAAAUCUCCAGCCUCCUUUGAGAUACCAGCCAGUGCCAAUGAAACAAACGGGACCGAUGGAGACAGCUUGAAUAAACCCGCAAAAAAGAAGAAGACGCCUCUAAAGACGAUGGUAGAAGAUGUGAUGUCUGUAUGUUCUCUGUUUGAUACUUUCAGGGUGAAAAAAUCACCAAAAAGAUCCCCACUGUCCGAUCCUCCUUCUCAGGAUCCCACGCCACUGCCUACUCCAGAAACACCUCCUGUCAUAUCCACGGUGGUUCAUGCGACAGAUGAGGAGAAACUGGCGUCUUCGGUGACCAGUCAGAAGUGGACCUGCAUGACUGUGGACCUGAACACGGAUAAGCAGGAUUACCCGCAGCCAUCUGAUCUGUCUACGUUUGUUAAUGAGACUAAAUUCAGCUCUCCUACCGAGGAAUUGGAAUAUGGCAACUCAUACGAAAUAGAAUAUAUGGAGAAAAUUGGCUCCUCUGUGCCUGAUGACAGCACCCCGAAGAAACAAUCUUUGUACCUAAUGUUUGAUGCACAGCAAGAGAGCCCAGUCAAAUCGCCUCCUGUCAGACUGUCUGAUUCCACGACGCCGUGCUCAGGGUCAAGUUUUGAAGACCCUGAAGCCCAACAAUCCUCUGGAAUAAAAAUACAACAUCCAGCUUCCCGAGUCCUAACUGCGAGCCAAGAGGCACACUUACAGUCCCCAGACAUGUCAAAACAGAAAGACUUGGAGCCCAUGACCCUAGGAACAACUCCAGAGGUUAUUGAAAUAACAUCUCCUGAAGACUCCUUUGUCUCUGCUGAUGCUCUUCUCAACAGGAUAUCUAAGAAAACCUCAAUAUGUGAUCAGCCUGAAUAUCUAGAUCCUGACUUAGCAGAAAAGAACCCACCAGUAUUUGCUCAGAAACUUCAGGAGGAGUUAGAGUUUGCUGCAAUGAGGAUAGAAGCACUGAAGUUAGCCAGGCAGAUUACCCUGUCUUCUUUCCGCUCCUUAGAUGCCGAGAGAGAACCUGCUAUCCCAGCAGAUGUUUCCAUCUCUAAAAGUGCGCUGUACUCCCGGAUCGGCACCUCAGAUGCAGAAAGCACCACAAGUCUUCUCUACCCCCAGCAAGACUUAGACUCUGCACUACGACUGGCCAGAGCAGAGAUUGUGGCCAAGGAAAGAGAAGUAUCUGAGUGGAAAGAGAAAUAUGAAGAAAGCAGAAGAGAAGUGAUGGAAAUGAGGAAAAUAGUUUCAGAAUAUGAGAAGACGAUUGCUCAGAUGAUAGGCAAGCCUGAGGAUGAGCAGAGAGAGAAAUCUGUCUCCCAUCACACCGUGCAGCAGCUGAUAGUGGAGAAGGAGCAAGCUUUGGCAGAUCUGAACUCAGUGGAGAAAUCACUGGCAGAUCUUUUCAGGAGAUACGAGAAAAUGAAAGAAGUACUGGAGGGGUUUCGAAAGAAUGAAGAAGUAUUAAAGAAAUGCGCGCAGGAGUAUUUAUCCCGAGUAAAGAAAGAAGAACAGAGGUAUCAAGCUCUCAAAAUUCAUGCUGAGGAGAAACUGGACAGAGCCAAUGCUGAAAUUGCACAAGUGAGAGGCAAGGCUCAGCAAGAGCAAGCAGCGUAUCAGGCCAGCCUUCGUAAAGAGCAGCUGAAAGUGGAUGCAUUGGAAAGAACACUGGAACAAAAGAAUAAGGAGAUAGAAGAAUUAACAAAGAUCUGCGAUGAACUGAUUGCCAAAAUGGGGAAAAGCUAACUUUUAACCAAAUCUCUGGACUUCGAUACUGAGUGCAAUAUGACCAUUGGCACACUGACGUCCAUACAUUUACGUGGACAGGUUAUAUUUUCACUUUUUCGUAUGCACUACUGUAUUUUCUUUCUAAAUAAAGUUGAUUUAAUUGUAUGCAGUACUAAGAUGACUAUCAGAAUUUCUUGCUAUUGUUUGCAUUUUCAUAGUAUAAUUCAUAGCAAGUUGAUCUCAAAGUUCCUGUAUCAGGGAGAUUGUCAAGUUCUCUAAGAAAUUACAAAUUGCUGAUCCUAGCCUUCCCUUUGUACAUGAGUUCCCAUGUUGGAUGUCUUUUGGAUUUAAUAUAAACAUGUAUUACUUGCAUGGGGACUCUUGCCUUAAGGAGUGUAAACUUUAUCUGCAUUUGCCGAUUUGUAAAAUAAAAUGAAAAAUGAAAAAAAAAAUGAAAAUGCAUGUCACUUAAAUGAAAUUCUCUAUUGUAAAUAAAUUUUUUCGUUGAAACUUGAA